GCUCUAUCCAUGGAGCAGGCCAUGCUCUACCUCCGCCUGGCUGGUGCCGACCUCGCCGCCGCUGUCCAGCUCGGCGAGAACCAGCAGUUCGCUCCGGAGGACCGUCCCGCCACUGGUUCCCCUGAUCUCUGCUGCGGCAGGACCCAAUUUGCUCUCAAAGUAGCCGCAUUCAUAUCAGGGCACCCCGUGCCAGACGAUCUGGUGCGGCUCGCAAAGUUUCUUGUCCCAUUAAAAGAUCACACUGUUCUCGCUGCUGUGCUGAAGAAGGGGGUCUCUCUCAGUGUCAGCGACAUCAAUGGCAUCCUAAAUUUCCUUCGGUUGCAACACUAUGCAGCCUCCCCUGCCGUCCAAGUCACAUUCCAAAGCCGCCCUUAUUCCACUGGUAUGGAUUUAUCUGGACUGGAAUUAGGAGGCCUGUUACUAGAUUCAGAUAAGCGCCCUGGCCACUACUUCUGUCCAUUGGGUGAAAACUAUGUCGCCGACGUAGUUGUCUCACGCUCUGAUGGACAUAUUUCGAGCAUCUGUGACUUGAGGGCUCCUGAAACGAUGAAGAAAAUGUUACUGGACUCUUUGAAUGCUGCUGCCACCACUAUUGUCAAGUACACUCCUCAACACAUAGGAAGGAAUCUUAUUGCUGCACCUUCCACCACUGCGUGCCAGUGUGAGCACACCAGGUAUCUGAAGAUGUGCCUCACCGAUACCAUCCACGCUCUUUAUAUCAAGGCAGUGUCUUUGCUGCCGCACAAUGCGCUCCACAAGCAUCUCCGUGGUAUCCUUGUUGCUGGGCAUUGCUAUGGCCCGUUGGACCCUGUGUCUAACAUAAUUCGCAAUGCCAUAUGGUACGACAGUGUAUACCCUCUGCUGGAGAUAGACACCGUAACUGAGCCGGACAUUCUUGACAGCCAAUCUAUGCUUCGCAUGGAGGCCCGCUCCCUUGAUAGCCUUCUGGCCAUGAUCUGCACAGCCAGUGGUUUUUCAGAGCACAUGGCCCUGGAAUACCUUUGCUACAAGCAAUGUGACCUAUCUGUGGUGUUACAAAGGGCAACCAAGGAGGUGUGCUAUAAAGCCUAUGUUGCUGCAGGCCAAGCUGGAAAGCACCCCUACCAUUUGGAGCUUGCAUCAUUUCUUACCUCCAUGCCACCCCAAGACACCCUGCUGACUGGUGAAGCAACUGGAAAAGGCUAUGUCAUUUCUGAUGCUGUUCUGGAGCAAGUGUACAAAAUAAUGGAAGGUCAAAGCCCAUCUACUGCACCAUCAGAUAUUCAACCUAGGCUAUGCCCACAGGCCUGGAUGAUGCUGGCAUCUAGGAAGGACGAAUUCGCGCAGAAGCAGAAGUUCCUUGGUCAAAUUUUAGAGCAAUUGCUGCUUGACUACUCGAAUCAGCAUCCUUGGGAACCUGUUCCGAGACUUGAUGUCAUAUGUGGUGUGAAGAAAGGCGACCACGGGCAUUCAAAAUUCUACCAUGUUAAUUUCUUGGUGUAUUAUGAUGAUGUUUCUUCCGCACGUAUGCUCUUCUUCGCUGAAGUUUGGGAGUCAAGCUUUCAGGCCAAACGAUCGGGACCUAACACAUCUGUGAGUUUGGUUACUCAACCAUGCACUAGAAAAAGUCGCCAGGUUGAAUCUGGUGUGCAGUUCGUCAAGGUUUAUAGUAAAUCUAGUCGAAAGCAAUCAAAAACUUCAUUUUGUUGCCCACUACCUCAUUACAGUCCAGAUCAUCCAUACCUUGGGCGUUGCGAUGUGUGUGAGCCUAUUUCAAGCAAAAUUGCGCACCCACCAUCUGGGAACCAUAUUGGUGCAAACUACAAGGGGCUUGGGGAACUCUUGGAAUAUCUGAAUGUGCGUCAUUAUAAUCCUUCUGCUGCGGAUGCCAUAACAGAGUCAGAUUUUGUGUACUUUGAUUGCCUUAGGGACGCCAAAAUUGCCGAAGUUCUCAGUGACAUGUGCUCUUUGGAGGAGAAGAAAUUGAUCAUCCGCUAGUCCUAAUUAGGUGGAGAAACCAGUUCCUUGAAAUACCUGCUACUUAAAAUGGCUCUAACGCAGUCUCUUCAGCUUAUAGCGUCUUAUUGCAAGUUAAAUGUCUGAUUUAUAUGUAUGACCACAGUACAUAUAUAUUGUAUCUAUUGUGAUGUCUUUAGUACUCUCUAGCUAUCACUAAUGCAUGUAACACUUAUCUCUGUCUGUUUAAUUCGCAACUCAAUGC